GUAGGUGACUAUGAACUCAUCCCUCGGCCCUCGCAGAAAGUUUGCCGCCUUCCCCCCCUGCUCCCCUCCCCUCCCGCCCGCUGGCGCGGCAGGAGGCAGCUCGCAGCCCGGCGCUGGCCCCGGAGUCCCCGCUCCUGCUUAAUAUUCCGCCCGCUCCGCCGAUGUUGUGCUUGGCUCCGGUGGGACCGCAACUCACGGCGUGAAACCGGAGCCAAUUUUCUGUCUUAGUCUCGCAGUGUUUUGACUGGAGGCAGAUCCAGUUCAGUCCGAUCGGGGCUAGUGGAAACAACUACCUAAGUCUCCGCUGUCUGUGUCGUUUGGGAGGGAAGAAAGAAGAAAGGAACGCGAUCCCGGGCUGCUGGGCGCGCUCUCUCUCUCUCUCUCUCACACACACGCACACACGCACGGCAGACACACGCACCCAGACAGGCAGACUCGCACCCCGCCGGUGCCGAGCGCGCCGUGCCACCGCCGCCGGGAGGAAAUGGGAAGCCAGUGAGCGGAUCCGUGCCGGUGCCGGCGUCCGCGAUGACCCUGGUGCUGCCCAUGCAGCGGCUGGGCCGCCCCAUCGCCGCCGAGGGAGCCGCCGACCUCGCCGCCUACCGCGCCCUCUGGGAGCCGCCCUGCUGCGGCCGCCCCGGCCCCGCCGCCCCGCCGGCCCCGGCCCCAACCCCGCCGGCCACCGGGCCCCCCGCCGCAGGAUCACAUUACAGGGGAAUUUCAAAUCCUGUAACAACAUCCAAGAUCACAUACUUUAAAAGGAAAUAUGUGGAAGAAGAGGAUUUUCAUCCACCACUCAGCAGCUGUACACAUAAAACAAUCUCCGUGUUUGAGGAGCGGGCCCAUAUUCUUUACAUGUCUUUGGAAAAGCUGAAAUUCAUUGAUGAUCCUGAAGUCUACCUGAGGAGAUCCGUCCUCAUCAACAAUCUCAUGAAGAGAAUCCAUGGAGAGAUCAUCAUGCAGAACAACUGGUGCUUCUCCACCUGCUCCUUCAGUGGCACCUCCCCACAAGAGUGGUUUGUGCCUCAGGACUGUCCAUACAGAAAACGUCUUCGGAUGGCAAAGGAGGAGUACGAGAAGCUCCACAUGUGCUGCUUCUAUCAAGAAUGUGGUGGUCACUACUUAAAUCUACCCUACUCUGUUAAUGCUAGUACAGAAAGUAAUUCCUCCUCUUCUUCCUCCUCCUCCUCCUCCUCCUCCUCCUCCUCCUCCUCCUCCUCCCCUCCCAUUUCUUUGCCAAGCUGUUCCCAGCAGGUGGAUUAUGAAGUUGGCAGUGCACCUUCUUACAGAAGUGAUGACCAGAUACCUGCUAAUGAAAUAUUCAUCACUAAUGGCAGGUCUCACAGUAAUCAGGAAAAGGCAAAAUUUAAUGACGAGAAAGGAGGUAAUGAACCUGAGAGAGAGAGCAUCGCCCUAAACUGUGAACCUCUAAGAGGUACCCAUGCUCUUGAAUGUAAAGGCAAAUUUUAUGACUAUUUUGAGACUGGAUGUAAUGACAAGAUCAACGUAAGUGAAUCUUGGAAAAAAUCCUUAAGGAAAAAGGAAUCUUUACCAAGUAAUAAAAUCUGCUGCAACAAAGGAAGUAAAAUAUGAGGCAUCUUUCUUGCUCUAUUGAAGCAUGCACAGCAUGUUCCUUCUCUAUCAAAUUUUUAUUUUGAAUGGAUUUUUUAUAGUUUUCUACGAAUGGUACAAUCAUGCCACAAACAUGACGUGUAGAGUGGAGAGCAGAUUGUGUAAAGUGUCUCUGCCAUCCGCAUCAGCGGCUAUUUAUAAAUGUGGAGACCAGAAAGAACACAGUUGCAUUACUGCUGAGCACUGUAGUCUGUCUGUGCAGCUAUGGUGGAGCUUUCAUUGCUGAAAAUGCCAAUCAGCCAGAUGGGGAAAACAUAUCGUUUUACAUAUCCCCGCCCCCAAGAAGUCUGCCAUUAAUUAAGAAGAACCUCCAUUAUGUUUACCAAGGAGUUAGAAGUCUGGUAAACAAAUUGAUGCUACCAGCAAGGAUGAUAUGCUCCUUGUAACUCAGUAUUCGUUUUGACAAAGGACUGUCUUCAUGGAUUGGGAAUAAACCAUCCUUAUGUUUUGUAGUGAUACUCUUGAAUUCCUGUAUUCAGUGUCUUGUUCAACUGACAAAAUAGGACAUAGCAUAAAGAAAUAACCUGUUUAUGGAAUUUUAAACAGAAAUCAAACAUGCAGCUCAACUACUUGCAUGUUUUCACCUCAGCUGUAAUAACUAAUGAGGUUUGUUGUUACACAGGGCAGGUUUUUUUUUGGUGCCUUACUUUUUGUCUUAAUUUUUGCCAGUGUGAAAAUUAAGUAUGAAUCUGAUACAGCAGGGAUUUAACCUAAACAGAGAUAAAAAAGAAACCCACAGGGUGGAUCAAUAUUAUUAGAAACCUUUAACCUUUGAAGUACUGAGUUCAACUUCCUAUUCAAACAUCUCUGUUCUUCCUUUUUGAUGCUCAAUUGCUUUUUGAUUUGCCAUCCUUAGGAAGGGAUUUAAGAAACAAUAGAGAGAUGUCUCUUGUAAACAAGCAUUCGAUGCUUGAGUGUUUCUAUGGCAACUGUCUGUUGCUGGGGCUCUUUUUUUUUCUUCUUCGUAUAAUGAAGUUCAUGACCCAGCGGCAUGUUUUAUACUUUAUUCUGUUUCACAUAAUUUCUCUCUUUUAGAUUGCAAAAGCAUGCGGGAGUUUUCUAUGACUUUUGCCGUUGAUUUAAAAAAAGACAAGAAGGCAAAAAGCACAAUGUUAAUUAAUAAUGUGGCGAUAAACACAGUUUUAUCUGAAUGAAUGUAAGGGGCUUAAUUUUAAAAAAGAACAUUUUGGAGAUUUCAGUGGAGAUUUAGUCAUCCCUAGUUAGAUUGAUUGCAAAAGUGUGCUGUGUAAAAUGCCCAGAAGGCAUCAGUUGGGAUUGGACCAAGAGUGAGUCUUAGAUCCACCAAAUUACUUAGUUGCCACAGUCCCCAUAACAACUGGCGGGAUGUGCUCUGCAAGAUCGCCACAUCCAGGCCACAGCUGACUCAUAAAUAGCUGCCUGUUCCCACAGCAUCUUGCACUCAAGUGACAUCUUCACUUGCUUCCUGCCCAAAGGGCAAGAAAAUGACCUCUGUGCUGGGGGAGCAGCCAGCUUGGUGCAGGGCGUGAGUGACCCCAAGGGGACAAAGCACCAGGCUUGGCACUGGAGUCAGACAGGUCUCUGGGUCUGAGACCUCCUGCUUUGGGUUUCAUGGGUUCAGCUGGAGGAGUCCUGGGCCAUGCUUAUUUUGGGUAGCAAACUACAUUUGCAAACUGUAUGGUCUUUCUCAGAAAGCCCAGUGGUCACAGGAAAAAGCUCCCCCCCCAGCCAAGGAGACCACAAACACAGCAGGAUAUAAAUCAAUGAUAACCUUUAUGAAGUCAGGUGAGUUUAAACUGAUUUGUUUAUAAGGGUUAUCAUUGUGAAAAAUGACAAAUAAUGAAAGUGCAACUCCCACCUGAUUUCUCCAAGACAGAAGCUUUUUUAUUAAUAAUAAUAAUAUUAAAUAUAGAUCUCAUUCAUACAGUGUAUGAGUAGGAUCAUCAUUUAGACAUUUGUCCACAAGGACCAAUUUUUUAAAAAACCUGAUUUUUCUUGUGUUAUAUCCAGAUAGUCUAGUAAUGUCUGCUCUUUUCCAAUAUUUGAUAAACGCUUGAUGUUUUAAGCUUAAAUAUUAGAUGCUUGUAUACUAAUGUGUUGUUGUAGUAAAGUGAAAUUUCCUUGAUAUAUAUUUAUUAAAAUGACCAAAAUUCAUUUUAA